CAAGCAAAGCAAGUGACAGGUAUCUUAGUUGCCUCGCUGCUUUUUGUAGUUAAAACAGCAGCUAGUAUAAUCAGUGCUGAUUUUUGAAGGACACUGAAGAAACUGUCAGAAAUGUCUGGAUUUGGGUCGACAGAAGAGCUCGUUUGCUCCAUUUGUCGAAUGAUUUUUAGGGAUCCUGUAACACUCCAUUGUGGUCACAAUUUCUGUCGACUGUGUGUGACAAUGUCCUGGUCAUCAGGGCGUCCUAGAACUUGCCCAAUUUGUAGAAGCGUCAGUAGAGUGCAAGACCUCAACACCAACCACACGCUGCGAAAUAUCGCAGAAGCAUUUAAGGAUGAGGAAGAGCAGCGACUUCGCCGAGGUGAGCUUUACUGCAGAGAGCACCAGGAGAGACUACAGAUGUUCUGUUCAGCUGAUGAAGAGGCCAUCUGCGUGGUCUGCCACACUUCCAAACAGCAUGCUGGGCACGCCUGCCACCCCAUCAAUGAAGUUGCUGGCAAAUAUCAGGAAGAAAUGCAGAAGCUCCUAAAGCCUUUACAGUGCCUCCUAGCCAAAUUAAGGGAAAGCCUUGCAGAAAAUCAUCUCACAAUACAACAUCUUAAAAAUCAAACAUCUGGCACAGAAAAACAGAUGAAAGAUGAGUUUCACAAGCUCUACCAGUUUCUUCGUUCUGAAGAGAAAAAGUUGCUGGAUCAACUCAGAGCAGAGGCAGAUGAGAAGAACAGAGUUAUAGAAGCUGAAGUACAAAGGCUGUCGCAUGAAAUUGAAGCACUGUCUAAAACAAUUGCCAGUACUCAGGAAGCAGUAAAUGGUAAUACCACUUUGUUUCUGAAGAAUUUGAAGGACACAAGGAACAGAACUGUGUGCACUUUUAAAGAACCAGAAAAACUUUCAGAAACACUAAUUGAUGUAACCAAGUAUCUGAGUAACCUGCAGUUCACUGUAUGGGAGAAGAUGAGGACUAUGGUCACAACAGUUCCAAUUACCUUGGAUCCCAACACAGCACAUGCUCGGCUUUCAGUCUCUAAGGAUUUCAGCAGUGUCAGGCUUGACACAAGAAUACAACAGCUGCCUGACAACAAGGAGAGAUUUGACACCUGCUUAAGUGUCAUGGGCUCUGAAGGGUUCCUUUCUGGAAAACACAGCUGGAAUAUUGAUGUCGGAGAGAAGAGAGAAUGGGCUAUAGGUGUGGCCUCUGCAUCAGUCAACAGGAAGAGGUGUAUAUAUCUGAAUCCAAAGUAUGGAUAUUGGGUGAUAGCACUGAAAGGGGAACAAGGGUACUGGGCCUGUACAUCAAGAUGGACUUCACUAAAUAUACAGAAAGUACCUCAAGUAAUUACAGUCUCAGUGGACUAUGAAAAAGGAACAGUGUCAUUUUAUAAUGCAAUAGACAAGAGUUGUAUUUACAUAUUUAAAAAAGAAAUAUUUACUGAACAGAUAUAUCCGUACGUAGGCCUUUAUUUAAAUAGAGGGUUACAAAAUUCUAUCCCACUUAAAGUCUGUCCAUUUAAGGUAACUGUAUUAAAAGUUUAAGUUAUGUUGUUCAGCCUGGUGGCGUGUACUGAAGCCCGUGUUUCAGAUGUCACUUAUCAGUACCAGGGUAGGCAUGGAAGGGGGCAGGGGGUGAUGUCUGCCAAAUGGUAUGCUUCUUUGUUAAGUACAAUAAAUACACUGUGCUCUA